AUGAAGCCGUUCAAACUUCUUUGUAAAAAACAGAAACGUAAAAGGAUAGGUCGAUACAAUCUAAAUUAUGCAUUUUUACAAAGUUUCGAAUUAGUAUCAUCAAGUGAAUCAGAAUCAGAAACAGAUUUAUCUUUGAACGCUUCUGAUAAUGAGUUAAACGAAAAUGUAUCAGAUUUAAAUUUUUCUUUGAAUUCAAACUGCAAUAUCAAUAACGAAAAUGAAAUUCAACCAAUGGAACUUAAUGUCGAACGCCCUGAAGAUUCUGGUAUUGCUGUAGGAGAGAAUAUUAGUUUUAAUUAUCCUGUUGAAUUAAAUAUUAACGAAGAAAAGGAAGAUAUACGUACUUUUCUUGGACGAUGGGCAACGCAAAAUAAAAUCUAUCAAGAACCGCUAACACAAUUAUUACAUUAUUUAAGAGAACAUGAUUGCUUUAGAGGUAGCUUGCCGAAGGAUCCUAGGACAUUGCUUCGUACACCAAGGUCAAAUGGUAUAAGAUCUGUUCAUCCUAGACAGUACUAUCACUUUGGAUUGAUGCAUGAGAUAAAAGAAAUAUUACUGAAAUAUGGAAUUGUAAAUGGAGGAGAAAUUGACUUAAGCAUUGGAAUUGAUGGUGUUCCUUUAUCCAGAUCUUCAACAGCUCAGUUUUGGCCCAUUUUAGGUAGAGUUCUACCUUUUACAGACGUUUUUAUCAUCGGUUUAUAUUUUGGAUAUGAAAAACCGAGUAGUGCGGAGGAAUUUCUCGAUGAUUUUCUUACGGAAACAGAAACUUUUUGUGGUGACAAUUUUCUCUUAAAAAAGUUUGUACACAAAAGUGAAAAGCCAUUGCAGCAAGCUAUUAGAAGAUAUACUGAAAGUAAAGCAUAUCCGAAAGAAUCGACAAUACAUCAAGAAUCAAAGUUUUCGUUUAGUUUCCAGCACAACAAAGGACCAAUGCUUGACACUUGUGUCUCACCACAAUUUGCAAUGUCUUACAGCAAGAAUAUAAAGCCGCAAACAAUAAAUGAAGAAUAUUUAAUAGUCGAAUUUUCUGAUGGAGUACAAUUGGUUCCUACAUUAUGGUUAACUCCGAAGAAAAAGAAUGUUUAUUGGCCUCGCGCAACAACUAUGAACGGUUAUUACAAGUUUGUAGAAAGAAAGCAAGUACCUGAACCAAAUUGGACUAAGGAAGCAAUUGUCAAAUUGUUGGGUGGAGCAGCAACAUAUUCCAGAGAUUUACAGAAACUGAAGGAUGCCGAAGAUUAUACGGAUGUAAAUACUGAUAGGGAUGAAAAACAAAAACGAAGACAAAAGAAGCGAAAAACUACUGAAGUGGAGAAAAAUUCUCCUAAAUCUAAAAAACAGCGUUUGCAAGAAAUUGAAAGUUCUGAAUCUGAAGAGAGUACUGACGAUAAUUUUAAUGAUGAGAACAGUUUCAAGACCAUCCCUAAAAAUCAGCAAAAAGCAACUCCGAUACCUUCAUAUCCACCAGUACCAAUCAUGAAAAGCCCUCUUCCUUCUACUUCAUCUCAAAUAGAAAACAAAUUUUCUAAUGGAAGUAACACUACACAUAACGAACAAAUUUUUCGCAGUAUUAGAUGUAUCACGAAAAACCUUUCUGUUAAUCAGCGUGAUGACAAUAAUAGACAGAAUAAUGCACCAAAUCAAUUCAAAUAUUCAGUUUUUUCAAAAAAGGGAGAUGAAAACGGUUCAAUUCCAAAGAAAGAUUAUGCGAAAGAACGAGUACGCAAUAAGGAAAGUGGACUUAAAGUUUAUGAUGACGAGAAAUCAUUUCGGAAAUACGUAGUCUCUUCUUUUACUGAAUUAAAGUUUCAACUUAGUUCUACUGCAGAAAAGGUAGAUGAAAUUGCAUGUCAACUAAGCGAGUCUAAUAAUCCAGUUGAAAAUAAAAGUGACGAUUCGUCACCCAAUGAUUUCGACUUGCAAAGAAUUCUACCUGUCAAAACUCUCGAUGCAUUACAAGAAGUUGAAGAUAAAUUAACGAAAACAAAUUACAUGAAAACUAUGGUUAGUUUUUUGGUUCAGGUCGGAGGAAAAUCCCUCAAAGAUAAUGUAAAUUCAAUAUUGAUCAGAACACUUUCAAAUGAAGUGGCGGAAAAUUUCAGUUGGCUGGGGAAGAAAGGAAAGUUUAUCUUUGGACAGUUGCAAUUGUGCAGUGCAAUUAUGAGUGCAUCUAAGCAUCAUUCUCAAUUCACUUCAGAAAGCGAUGUUAUACAAUACAUAAAAGAUUGGUUGAGACAUGCACAUCAAAGAUGCAUUUCACAAGCUAAUUCUAAAAUUCAAAUUACAACGGUCGAAAAUUUGAUAAACUCUGAGAAUCUUGACGGUGUAUUACUGAUGGAUGACAGCUCAAAUGCUCCUCUAACCUCAAAUUUUGAUUCGAAAGAACAUGGUGGCGAUGAGAUUUCUAGAAAUGUUUUAAGCGAUGCUGAAAGAGUACAUUCUAAUCAUCAAGACGAACUUGCAGACGAGUUGGCAUAA